AUGCGUGAUUCAUCGCCCCCACUCGAUGAGGUACUUGCUCGCUUUGGUGGAAAAGCGAUGUUUUCCAGUCUCGAUUUCACAUCUGGGUAUUGGCAGGUUUCGUUACAUCGCGAUGUUAGGAAGUACACUGCUUUUGUGUAUGAUGGUCGAACGUACCAGUUCUGUGUAGUACCAUUUGGACUCAAUAUCUCGAAUACCGCGUUCCAGCAGGCUUUGGAAUCGGUGCUCUCCAAUCAAACAGAAGUUGACGUAGAUGAAGCGCUCGAUGACCUUCACAUAUACGUCGAUGAUGUGCUCGUGUCUUCGACGUCAUUUAAUGACCACCUAUGUCGCCUUCGACUUUUAUUCAAAAAGAUUGCUGUCUCUGGAAUGACUUUAAAAUUCAGCAAAUGUAAAUUUUUCCGGGACAAAACCAAGUUCUUGGGCCACAUCAUCACACCUUCAGGAAUGUCCAUGGACCCUUCCAAACUCCAAGCUGUUCACGAUUUUCCAGUGCCACGCAACAAAAAGGACCUUCAGUCGUUCAUAGGGUUCUGCAAUUUUUAUAGGAAAUUCGCCGACCAUCACGCGUCGCUUAUUGGUCCACUCAUUAACCUUUUGAAAAAGGGGGUUCCGUGGCAGUUCACAGAAAACGAUCUAUCCAAUUUUAAUUCUGUCAAAUCAGCAUUUACCGAGCGUUUCCUUGCUCACCCUGAUUUCAACUCUGACUUUUAUUUACAAACUGAUGCAAGUAACCUCGGACUCGGAGAUGAAUUGUUUCAAAUCAAUACUUCCUCUGAGAGACAAACGAUUGGGUUUGUGAGUCGAACGUUGAACUCCGCAGAAGAAAAUUACACUGUAACUGAGCUAGAGCUCUUAUCUAUAGUUUUUGCGUGUAAUAAGUUCCGGGUGUUCAUUCUUGGUUACCCCAUUCAUGUGUUGACUGAUCAUCAAGCACUUACAUUUUUGUUCCGGUGUAGGCUUCGAAAUGCACGUCUUACUCGUUGGACGCUUGUGCUUCAAGAAUUUGAUCUGAGGAUUCAACAUAUCAGCGGUCCUAGUAAUAUAACCGAUGUUCUAUCUCGCAAUCCUAUCGGCCGUGAUGCAACCGCUGGGCAGUAUCGUUCACCGUACAUUUUCAUAACCACUCCCAGUAAGUUGUUUUCUGAGCAUCAAUCCCAUAUUCAAGCUUUCAAUCAUAUAUUGUCCGAACAACGAAGGGACGAAAGGAUCCGGAAAGUUAUUGAUGUUUUAUCUGGAAGUUCGUGGGUGUUGACCGCAAUCACAGCGCGUUACUGCAUGUAUAGGGACAUCUUAUUCUAUCGCCGACACCUCUCCUCCGAUAAGUGGUUAGUCUGCGUCCCACUGCAUCGAGUUAAUGAACUUAUUACCAAGUUUCAUAUACACUUCGGACAUGUCGGUCCGAAGAAAUGCAUUUCAGCAAUCCGGGAUGUGUGUUUCUUUCGUGGUCUGAGUGGGAACGUCCGCAGGAUUGUCAAAAGUUGUGACCUCUGCCAACGUGCGAAGUUUUCGACAGUACGGACAGAGGGCGAAAUGCAAAAUGUGUUAGCCACCGCACCUCUUCAACGUGUCUGUGUUGAUCUCUAUGGUCCCUUACCAUCUGGGUGGAACCAUGUAAAAUAUAUUUUUGUCGUCCUCGAUUGUUUCUCACGGUUCGUUAGAUUGUUCCCAAUAAAACGAUCUACUGCCGUUGUCGUGACUCAUCGUAUGAUUAACGAUUAUGUGGCCAUCCACGGUACUCCAAAGACCGUUGUCUCCGACCAGUUUGUCAGCCGAGUAUGGCAGGCUCGUCUUACAGCCAUUGGCGCGUCUGUAACUACUACUAGUGUGUAUCAUCCCCAAAGUAACCCUUCUGAGAGGGUUAUGCGAGAAUUAGGUAGACUUUUUCGGACCUAUUGUCACCAGAAUCAUACUGAAUGGCCCCGUUAUGUCAAAUAUAUUGAGUGGGUUCUGAAUCAUACUGUGUAUGAGGCGACUGGUUUUACCCCUAGUGAGAUUUUUCUAAAAGAAGAUCGAUAUAGUCCGAUUUAUGAAGCCGUAGAGUGCCCCCCAAAACCCGCUGAUGACUAUACAGUCAAGUUAACCAUGGCCGCCGAGGUUCAACGAACCAAAGCUGAAGAACGCCGCAUUCGCCAUGAUCGUCAGGGGAAACCAACAAAAUUUUCUAUAGGAGAUGAAGUCCUAGUUCGUACCCAUAACUCCUCCUCAGCUGUUGACCGACAGAUUAAAAAAUUUUUCAUGUUGUAUGAAGGUCCAUACAAUAUUAUCGAAGUAAAAAACCAUAACGCGUAUGUGUUAAACGACCCUGUAACGAAUCAGGUACGAGGAACAUUUAACGUGAUCUUCCUCCGAAAGUAUGUCCGUCUGAAAACCACAAUAGCACAAUAA